AUGGCAAAUGUCACGAACAUGUCUCCGGUGAGCCAGUCCAAACGCCGUCGUGUUGCCGUGUUAACAAGCGGUGGCGACGCCCCGGGUAUGAACGGUGUGGUUCGCGCCGUUAUCCGUAUGUCAAUCCAUUGCGGUUGUGAGGCCUAUGCUGUCCACGAAGGAUAUGAGGGUCUAGUACGAGGUGGGGACCUGAUAAGGCGGAUGCAUUGGGAAGAUGUGCGUGGUUGGCUCUCGCGGGGUGGUACUCUGAUCGGCUCCGCGAGAUGCAAAUCAUUCAUGGAGCGGGAUGGCCGCCUGCGGGCUGCGAAGAACAUGGUGCUGCGGGGGAUUGAUGCUUUGGUUGUAUGUGGUGGCGAUGGGAGUCUUACAGGGGCUGACAUCUUCCGCUCGGAAUGGCCUGGUUUGCUGGAUGAAUUAGUGAAAAGGGGAGACUUAACGGAUGAGCAGGUGAUGCAUUUUAAAACGCUGAAUAUAGUGGGUAUUGUUGGGUCCAUUGAUAAUGAUAUGUCGACAACUGAUGCGACUGUUGGUUGUUACACGUCGCUCCAUCGUAUAUGCGAGGCUGUUGAUGAGGUCUUCGAUACGGCGGCUUCCCACCAACGUGGCUUCGUAAUUGAAGUUAUGGGACGGAAUUGUGGCUGGCUGGCAUUGAUGUCUGCCAUUAGUACAGGAGCAGACUGGUUAUUCAUUCCCGAAAGGCCACCACGAGAUGGCUGGGAAGACGAUAUGUGUGACAUCAUCACCCAGAACCGAAAACGAGGCAAACGCAGGACAAUUGUUAUUGUGGCCGAGGGCGCGCAAGAUGCCAACCUAAAUAAGAUAUCUUCCUCAUCUGUUAAAGAUGUUCUGAACAACAGGCUAAAACUUGAUACGCGCGUAACCGUCCUGGGCCACACCCAGCGAGGGGGGACAGCGUGUGCUUAUGAUCGGUGGCUGGGCACCUUACAGGGGAUAGAAGCUGUCAAGGCGGUCCUGGAGGCCAAGCCUGGCGACCCCUCGCCUCUGAUCACACUCAGGGAGAAUAAAAUCGAACGCUCGUCUCUUGUCGAAGCCGUUCGGGUCACCAAAACCGUCGGCCAGGCUCUCAAGGACAGGGAUUUCGCCACGGCCCUGUCAAUGCGAGAUGCAGAAUUCAAAGCCUAUCAUAGAGCGUACAUCAACACCGCGACCCCUCAUCAUCCAAAAAUGCAACUUCCUGAAAACAUGCGUAUGCGAAUUGCAAUUAUCCAUGUUGGAGCGCCAGCGGGUGGCAUGAACCCCGCGACACGGGCAGCUGUAGCCUAUUGUUUAGCCAGGGGACACACCCCAAUUGCCAUUUACAACGGAUUCCCUGGGUUAUGCCGACACCAUGCAGAUACACCAAUAGGCUCAGUUCGGGAAGUUAAAUGGCUGGAGUCCGACUCGUGGGUGAACGAAGGCGGCUCUGAAAUUGGCACAAAUCGCGGUCUACCAUCCGCGGACAUGGCCAAGACAGCUGAAUGCUUUGAGCUGUACAAGUUCGAUGCACUCUUCGUCAUCGGUGGCUUCGAGGCAUUCACAGCCGUUAGCCAGCUGCGCAAGGCCCGCGAACAGUACCCAGCUUUUAAAAUCCCUCUCGUCAUCCUCCCCGCCACGAUCUCCAAUAACGUCCCAGGCACUGAAUACUCACUAGGCAGCGAUACAUGUCUGAACACCCUCGUUAACUUCUGCGAUGUAAUCCGGCAAUCAGCCUCCUCCUCACGCCGCCGUGUCUUCGUCAUAGAAACCCAGGGCGGCCGCUCCGGCUACAUUGCCACCAUGGCUGGAUUUGCCGUGGGCGCCUACGCAGUCUACAUCCCAGAGGAAGGAAUCGACAUUAAAAUGCUAGCCCGCGAUAUAGAAUACCUAAGGCAUAACUUCGCCACAGACCGUGGCGCCAGCCACGCAGGCAAGAUCAUCCUACGCAAUGAAACUGUAUCGAAAACGUAUACGACCCAAGUAGUGGCAGAUAUGAUCAAGGAGGAAGCAAAGGGCCGCUUUGAAUCCCGCGCUGCGGUGCCCGGCCACUUCCAGCAGGGCGGGAAGCCGUCGCCCAUGGACCGGGUGCGCGCGUUGCGCAUGGCGAUUAAAUGCGUGCAGCACAUAGAGCAGUUCCAGGGCCGGAGCAAGAACGAGAUUGCAGCCGAUCCGAUGUCCAGUGUCGUCAUUGGGAUCAAAGGGGGCGAGGUAGUUUUUGGGCCGAUGUCGGGCGAGGGGGGAUUGGAGGAGACGGAUACGGAUUGGGAACGCCGCCGGCCGAAGAAUGACUUCUGGUUGACGUUGAAAUCGUUGGUGGAUACGCUUAGUGGGAGGCCUGGGGAGGAUCAUGAUGGGGUGCUGCAGAUGUCAGAGGAGGAGGGCUGGGGGGCGUAUGCGCCGUUGGAUGAGUGUCAUUUUACGGAGUAG